AUGACCACUCUUCGGGUUCUGCUGCACGUCGCCGCUCAGCGUGACUACGAGCUUCACUCUCUUGACUUCAGCACUGCUUUCCUACAGGGCAGCCUGCACGAGGAGAUCUGGCUGCGCCGCCCACCUGGCUUCACUGGGUCGUUUCCUGCAGGUACCCAGUGGAGCCUCCGGCGGCCAGUCUACGGUCUCCGCCAGGCGCCUCGUGAGUGGCACGACACACCGAGGACGACGCUUGCGGCUCUUGGGUUUGCUCCUUCGACUGCUGACGCGUCGCUGCUUCUACGCACUGACACCUCGCUGCCGCCGUUCUACAUCCUCGUGUACGAUGACGACUUGGUCUUUGCCACUGCUGACACUGAGGGACUCGCCCACGUGAAGUCGGAGCUGCAGAAGAGACACACGUCCACAGACCUGGGUGAGCUGCGCAGCUAUCUUGGCUUGCAGAUCACCCGGGACAGAGCACGGCGCACCAUUACCUUGACUCAGUCACCCAUGGUGCAGCAGGUCCUUCAGCGCUUCCGCUUCAUGUACUCCUCGCCACAUUCUACUUCUCUGCCUACCGGUCACUCGCUCUCAGCUCUGCCUUCGGAUGAGUCCGUAGAGCCGAGUGGCCCUUCCAGUUGUGAGGCUGAGAUCUACGCAGGGGCCAUGGCUGUAGAGGAGUUACGCUGGCUCACCUACCUGCUGACCGACUUGGGCGAGCCGCCUCGUUCUCCUCCAGUUCUGUACGUCGACAACAAGGCCAUGAUUGCCUUGUGUCAGGAGCACAGACUGGAGCACAGGACGAAGCACAUCGCUCUGCGUUACUUCGUUGCUCGAGAGUUGCAGCAGCGUGGUCAGCUUCGUCUUGCUUACGUGGCCUCUCGGGCCAACACUGCUGAUAACUUCACCAAGGCACUUCAGCCUUGUGAUCAUCAGCGUUUCUGUACUGUUCUAGGCCUUGUGCCUACUUGGCCUCACUUGCUCACUUCUUGA